AUGCAAGCAUCGAAAUUGCUACCGGAAUCAGCAUCUGAUGUGCAGCAGAGAUUGAAUAUGCUUCAGCUUGAUGUCAACAAACUCAUGGUUCAGCUGAGUACAUCUUCGUUAAUACCAGAUGAAUCAAAAGAGGUUGUUUGUCAAAAGGUGCUGACCAUACUUCAAGAAACUUUGAAUGCUCAUAAUAAUUAUUCAUCUGACUCGGCAAAUAGGUACCGGACCAGCUCUCCAACAUCUACCACCAAUUCGCCUGCUCAUAACACAUCCCUGAACUAUUUAUAUGCUAAUUCUGAUGUGAAUAGCGGAAACAAGGAAAAGAAUGGCACUGCCGUUACCGUGCCCGGCUCCAUAUCAACAGGCUAUAAAGGAUUAGGGAGCAGUAUUGUGUGUGGUACGAAUAGGAUACUACUUCCGGCACUCGGUAGCAAUUUGCAGCCAACAUCAAGUGGGAUUGGAAUCAAUGUGAAUGCCAAUUAUGGAGCAUAUAAUCGGAUGUAUUGGGAUAACAAAUGA